UUUGCGGCGAGUCGCUUGACUUACUAAAUCAAAGGUUAAUUUUUUUUAUCACUCAAGAAACCUUUGUCGUAAUACUGAGCUACGAUAUAAAGUUAGUACUAGCAGUUGAAAAUAAAACCUUUAAGCACCCUAUCCGUUUUAUUCCUUAUGUGCUACCUCUAGAAACACUUGUUCGAGCAACAAUCAGCAACUAAUACUGCUCUUUAAGAGCUACCAUUCCUCCCCCUUAACAUUGAUUUUUUUUUCCCUUGUUCAUUUUCUAAUUAUGCAUAACCUGGCAUUUAUAAUUGUUGCGGUCAGUUAAAAUGUCAAACAUCUUUUCAAUUAAAAUAAGAGGGAGGACUGAGUUAUUCCCUUCCUGGAGGUUAUCAUUAAAAAAUAAAGGCUUUGUUGUGACUUCGUUGCUAUAGCAACUUAAAGUGCGGUUCUUGAAUGCAAAACUAAGGAUGAUGUUCUUUUUUUAUUCGAAUAUAGAAUAGAAAAAUUUUGUAGGUAAAGGUCUAAGAAGGUGGAGCAUAUAUCUUUGUUUUCCGAUAUCUCCAUAGCGUGCGGGGAAAAAUAGUUACCAUAACUUCUGAAAUGACCAACCGGCAGCGAUGUUUAUUAUCACGGCCAUAAUUUAAGAUGUUUCAUGAAACGAGUAAUCCGGUUUGAAUAUCUUAAGACACCCAAGUCAUAUUUGGAUAACUGUUUAUUUAAAUAAUAAAUUGAAAUUCUCUUGGGAUUUAAAAUCACAACAUGAGGAGUUUUGUAUGUUUCAUUUUUCUAAUAAAAUUAGUAACUGCAUUUAAUAAAACUACUGCUGAGAUUUGCAUGGACGAUGAUGCUCUGCCGCAGCCAUUAGUAGAGAAGAGAGGGAAAGAUACAGAUUUGCGAUUCAUCGGAUUCUUUGAUGUUCACGAAGGAGAAAAUUGCGAGUUGUUAAUACCAGGGGGCGUGGAACAAGUGAUGAUGGCUAUCGGACAAUUUGAAAAUCAACUGGUAUUAUCGGACUUAAAUGCUUCUGAGAUAGGUUUUGAGGUAUAUGACACUUGUUUAAAGACUUCUGUUGCUUUGCUAAAUCUCAUGCAGGCUUUGAAAUCAUCUCACUCUGUGCAUGAAGAAUGCGGAGCUCUUCAAUAUACUGGUGUGAUUGGUCCACUUAAUACAACGUUGCAAAGAAAUAUGCAAAUUUUGUUAGAAGCCAUGAAGAUAUCUUACUUUCCAUUGCAAAUCACGUCGUUGAAAGAAGAAAUCAAAGCUUUGUCAGAAGUGCUCUUAGACUUAAAAUGGAUGUCAGUAGCGGUGUUUUCUUCUACCAAAGUUUUAGACCUGGAGUUCAGGGAAGAAGUUCAGAAGAAAAAUAUUUGCAUUGCAUCUUCAGUUAUUUUAUCAAUUGAUUCAAGGUUCGUAAUCAGCAAAUCGGAGAGUAAUUUAAAAGAAAAGCUUCGAGAAAUAUCAACGUUAAACGUUCAAGUUGCUGUGGUUUUGGGAUCUGGGAUCGAUCUACGAAAACUAUAUGAGACAUCCAUUGCCAUGAAUUCUUCUAUUCAAUACUGGCUUGUAGCCGGCUCAGAUUCAACAGAUUCAUUGUUAUCGAUUAUAUUUGGCCCAGAUCACCCGGUAAUACUGUUGAGAAGAACACCCAUCAAUAUUCCAACUGUUGAUAGCAGGGUCUUAUCAAAUUACAAGUUUCAAGAAAAAAUUAGCCGUUUGAAUCCAGUACAAAGUUACAUCGAUUACACCAACAACUGCGUGAGAAAUGGAAGUGACACCCUUUUUGAUGAUAAUCGCUGCCAAAGUCACCAGUUUCAGACUCGAGGCUCGUUGUGGCACAUCAUUGAAAAUUCUCUAAAGGGUCUCAUAAUUGAUGCAACACAAAAUAAUGCAACGAAAGAUGAAGAAUUGGAUAAUCAAGCGACUAGAAAGAAAUCCAGUGCAAGAAAUGAAACAAGAGGAAUACCAGAAAAUUAUGCGAUUGAAAUAUGGACAUUUCAGCAUGCCAUUGGUAGAUUUUCAAAGCACAAAGAAUUGCUAGUUGGUCACUUCAGCAAUGAUCGUCUUGAGUGGGAUAAAAAAAGACUCAAUGUUUUCCACUUUACGGGCUCUGGAUGGUUUAAAAUACCAGAAUUCCACUGCAGGCAGAAUUGCCACGAAAUAUGCGAAAACUUUGAGAACAUAUCUCUUGCAACUGACUUGGAAAAUUUACUCAGUAGAAUCUAUUACUGGAAGUAUGAGACGUGGAUUACAGUACUGAUAACAACUUCCUGCGUAGGCAUUAUAAUAUCUCUGCUCACUGGAGCAUAUCUUAUAUCAAGAGCAUGCAGAGAAGAUUUCGAGGAAGGCAAUCAAGCUGCAAACGUUACAGUGCUUAUUGCUGUUAUGCUUUCCUUCUGCUGUUCAACUUUAUUCCUGCUUCAAAAUGACACCAUAUCUUGUUCCAAGAGAAUAGCUAUUAUAGGAUUAGCUUAUGUAAGCAUGCUUGCUCCUAUUCUCGCCCGUUGUUUCCUGCUCAUUGCUUCCGAAACUGAUGGAAUCCACGGCCAUAUUAGUGGUCUGUUGCAGAUUAUAUUGUCUUUCUUCAUUUUCGCUGUUCAGGUAGCGAUGGCAUGUUAUUAUUGGCUGAUGAAUUCCAACGAAUCCACUCGUCUUAUAAUCAGAUGUUCCAUUCAUACUAAAAUGACUAUUUGCUAUUUAUCAUAUCCAAUAUUUUUAAGUUUCGUGUGGUUAAUGACGUCACCAUUUUGCAUUCGCAAUCUUAGAAACAACAAAGAAGGUCUCCUCUUGCAUUUAACCAGCAUAGUAGUUUGUCUGGCAUGGCUGAUGUGGGGUUUGCUGUUUUUCUUGCUCAACCCUCGUUGGAAAGAAUUCACGAUUUGCUUAGGUCUAGUUGCAACAGCUAGUGCUAUACUCUUAGGGAUAUAUCUCCCGAAAGUAUAUCGAAUGAUUGUGUUCAGCGCUGCAAGAGACCAAGGGCAAGUCAGCAUGCAGCCAGUUAUUUUUGCUUCGACGUCAUCAAGAAGUCCAAAUCCGUCCAUUUACGAAAGCAUCAAUCAUGGAUACAAUCCGGAUAAAGACGGCUACGUUGUAGACGUCUUUCGAGAUGAUUUUGAUUCACCAACAAGAAAAAUGACUCAUUUAUAAUUCGGCUAAUGAAGUUUAAAAUGUCAUCCGAAGUUCGACAAAUAAAAGUACAAAACGACGGAAAAAAGCGAUUUAAAUUCAAACCCAUUUAUUAAAGAUUUGUGAAAAAUAGCAGAACUUCUCUUCUAAAUAUAGUUGUAUAUUACAUGCAUACGCUUAAAAAAAAAUUUUUCGGUAUCUUAUUUUGAACCCAAUUAUUUAAUGCCCAUUCUAGACUGACGCUUAAAAUACUAUAUUAAGAUUAUAUGUUUAGGAAAUCAACAAGUUGGAUUGUAUAGUGAAAUAAGUAUUCAACACAUGGGUAAAUGAUGCAUAUUAAUGAUCCCUAAAAGGUGUACAAAUAAUAAAAGAGAUGUCACUAAAA